AUGGAAACCCGCUAUGGGAAAUAUGAUAACAAUUCCUACAAGAUCAUAUUCAUCAAGAGUAAUAAUAUAUAAUAGUAAAAAAAUAGGAAAAAUAAAUAUAAAAAUAAGGAUUUACCAGGCCACAUGACAUUAAAAGUAAGACAAGAUGGUUAAUAAAGUCAAAGAGAUUUAAAAUAUAAAGAUUUUAAGGCCGAGUUAUUAUAAAGAGAAUCAUAAUAUAAAGAAGAAUAAAAUAGGAAAAAUGAAGAUGUAGAAAAAAUAGAAUUUAAAGAACCUAAACCAAUAAAGAAAAUUAAAAAUAAUGAUGAAAAAAAAUAAUAGUAAUUAUAAUAGUAUGGAAGCAGUAGUAGUGAAAGCGAGGAUGAAUAAAUAGAAGAAAAAAACAGUUAAAAUUAAAUAAUAAACCCUUUCCCAUAAGAUGCAGAUGAUGUAGAUUUCGGAUAAUCUUCUUCAGAUUCCGAAUAAUAAUAAUAAUAAUAGGAAGAUGAAGAAGAAGAUGAUAGUGAAGACGAAGACGAAUUAUUAAUGAAAGAAUAUCAAAAAAUUAAAGAAUAAAGAGAAUUAGAAGAAAAAUAAAAAUAAAAAUAAAAAGAAGAAUAAUUAGAAAAAGAAAGGCAAUAAAACUUACUUAAACAUAAUCCUUUAUUAGAUAAAUCUUAGGAAUAUUCAUUAAAAAGAAAAUGGUUUGAUGAGACUGUUUUUAAAAAUUAAGCAAGAAAAUUAAUUGAUGAAAAACCAAGAUUUAUUAAUGAUAAUGUUAGAAGUGAUUUUCAUAAAAAGUUUUUAAAAAAAUUUAUAAAUAAUUGA